UUACAAGUGGAAAAAAGUAAUCACACAUUACUCUCGUCUGAUCUAUAAUUAUAUGUAAUUUUCUGUGACAUUGAAGGCCAAUCAGUACUCAAAUUGAUAUGAGUGACGAGGAAUCCUUCAGUUCAUCAGUUUCUGUCAAUGGUUGGUCCGUUUGGUACGAAAAGUUUGGUUCCGGACCCAAACCAUUGCUACUAAUUCCCGGUGCUAUCGGGAGAACCGACUUUUAUCAUCAACUUGAAGGGGAUAAUGUUUUGGACUUUGAUUUGGUUACCAUAAUCGCGGUGGAGCUUCCGGGUUGGGGUCGGUCGAGACCACCCGUCAGAAAGUAUGGGACAGGGGUUUAUGACAACGACGCCCAAUGUCUCUAUGAACUGAUGAAGGAAUUAGGUUUUGAUAAGUACUCCAUACUAAGCUGGUCUGAUGGCGCAAAAGUAGCACUACUUAUGGCGACCCUUUACCCAGAGUCCAUCGAAUCCGUGAUCUUGACUUCAGUUUACACUUAUAUAUCAAACGAAAGCUUAAAGCUAUUGCUGUCUUCUCAAAGUGUUGACAAUUGGCAUAAAGACAAACUCGAGUCUUAUAUAAAAAGUUAUGGCAAGAAAGAAGUGAUCCAACAGUUAUGGACCAAAUUUAUAAAGUUUGCCGAAUAUUACAACCAAUAUUUUCCUGAAAGCAAAAACAAUUAUCAUUUGAUUAAAUGUCGAGUUCUUAUAGUUUAUGGCGAAAAGGACAAAAUGUGUGAAUUGUCUCAGAUUACAAAAUUAAAGAAAACCAUUAAAAGGUCGAUAAUAUAUCGCUUUCCAAACGGUGAACACAACUGUCACCAGAAAUACUCGACAAUCUUCAAGGAUGUGGUCGAGGAUUAUCUGAUGGGACGUCUCAAAGAGGAAGAAGACAAAGAUCCCAACAGUGGACCCAAUGAUGGCUUGGAAUAUAUGAGAUAUAAGUGACUUGAUGCAAACAAUUUCUAUAAUGAUUGAUUAUUUCGUAAUUAAUAGAUUGCUAUUGUUAUUGACAAUUGAAUUAUAAUAAUUACAUUUAAUUAUAACUAAUCAAUGCCUUAUUGUAUAAUACAAACGAAACAAUAUUUAACAGGAA